CUUCUAUUAUUGCCAAAGAGGAGAGACCCAAAGGAGCUGUAGGAUGUGCCAUUUUCUUGGCAUAUGUCAGGGCUAUGACAGUACCGCUUGCGGUCAUCCUCUUCAUUGCGUAUCUUCUAGAAAUCGCAUGUUUUGCUGCCGUAAACCUGUGGAUAUCUGCUUGGUCACAAGCUGGUCAGGACAGUCUUAAUAAGAGUGAAAUUGAACAAGAGUUGACAGUCAGGUACUACCUUCCAAGAUAUGCUAUAUUCACUAGUCUUGUGAUCCCAGUGGCUAUUCUAUUCAAUGUCUGCUUUAUUGCGUUCUUCAUAAUGACAGCAAAGAAGCUUUUCAGGAAAAUAUUAUAUAAAGUCAUGCAUUCUCCAAUCCGAUUUUUUGAAACAACUCCAGUUGGUCGGAUUCUAAAUAGAUUUUCCGUUGACAUGCUUUCAGUCGAUGUGCAUUUCUGGAUGACUCUUAGUUUAGUUUUAAUUAUUCUCAUAUCGCUGUUUGGUACAAUUGUUGUAAACACCAUCAUUUCACCAUAUUUCCUACUGGUCAUGGUCCCUAUAUCUGUAAUAAUUGGUGUGAGCCUCGACUUUGGUGUCAGACUACCAAGAGAUCUUAAACGACUGGAUAGAGUGACAUUAUCACCAGUUUUGGCAUAUUUUACGGACACUUAUAAUACGAUUGGCAUGUGUUUGGUUUUAUUUGUUGGUGUUGGGGCAUUGAUUGCAUCAAUGUAUAGGACUAUUAACCCAAGUGAUGUUGGAUUGGCUGUCACAACAGGAAUAUUAGCAGCACAGUUUGUAAAUGGCUUGAUGACAGUUAUAGUAGAUUUAUUUUGCUAUGUCAGCGGUGUUGAACGCGUUAUUGAAUAUACCAAACUAGAUACUGAAGAACUUCAAGGCAGUAUUGACGUGCCCGAUAGCUGGCCAGAUAAAGGGUCUAUUGACUUAUAUAAUGUCACAGUGCGGUAUGCAGACGAGUUAGAACCAGCUCUAACUAAUAUAAACAUUCAUGUUAAUGCUGGUGAGAAGAUUGGGAUUUGUGGUCGGACUGGAAGUGGUAAAUCGUCGCUCACUCUUACAUUACUGAGGAUGAUAGAUGUCGUUGGAGGUCAAAUUACCAUCGAUGACAUCGAUAUAUCGAAAGUUCCUUUGUUGACACUUCGGCGAAGAAUAGCUAUUAUUCCACAGGACCCUGUUAUUUUCUGUGGUACUAUUCGGUUUAAUUUAGAUCCUGAAAAUAUAUACACAGAUAACGAAUUAUGGGAUGCCCUCGAGGUAGCGCAGUUGAAAGAUCGUGUUAUUGCAAUGGACAACAAAUUAGGUACACUUGUCACUGAAGAUGGAGACAAUUUCAGCGCUGGGCAGAAACAGUUAUUUUGCCUAGCUAGAGCGUUUCUGCUAAAACCCACAAUUCUGAUUAUGGACGAAGCUACAGCAUCUAUCGAUUUUGAAACAGAUGUAAUUUUGCAGAAAGUUGUCGCGUCAGCAUUCGCAGACAAAACGGUUUUGACCAUUGCACAUCGUAUAUCCACCAUUCUUGAUUCUGACUUUGUAAUGGUAUUGAGUGACGGUCAAAUAAUAGAAUGGGAUACACCACACAAUUUACUCAAGACGAAGGACAGUAUGUUUGCAUCUAUGUUGUCUGAUGAUCCGAUUGACCGAAUUGUGGAGUGGCACAAGUCUUCCGCAUUCGAGGAAGAUGUGGAUAAGGUCAUCGACCUCGUCACAAAAAGGGCAUUGAUUGGUGACAUUGAUGUGUGA